GGCGCGAGCCCCGCCUCCUUCUUCCUAGGGCUGAGCCCACUGAGCAUGCGCAGUGGGCGUACUCCCGCCACCGCCCAUCAGCUGAGACCAGCGGCGGCCGGCGCUGGGCCCCCGAGGUGACAGCGGCCGGAGGACGCGGAGAAGGAAGGUUAGGGUGACCCUGAGAAAAACCAGAUCGCCUACCUGCAUCUGAUGAAAUCAGCCAGCCAGCCAGCCAGCCAUGUCUUACACUCCAGGGAUUGGUGGAGACCCUGCCCAGCUGGCACAGCGCAUCUCUUCUAAUAUCCAAAAGAUCACACAAUGCUCCGUGGAAAUACAAAGGGCUCUGAAUCAGCUCGGAACGCCUCAAGAUUCACCGGAAUUGAGGCAACAGCUGCAGCAGAAGCAACAGUAUACUAAUCAACUUGCGAAAGAAACAGAUAAGUACAUCAAAGAGUUUGGAUCUCUGCCCACCACCCCCAGUGAACAGCGUCAAAGAAAGAUACAGAAAGACCGGUUAGUGGCGGAAUUCACAACAACGCUGACAAACUUUCAGAAGGCCCAGAGGCAAGCUGCUGAGAGAGAGAAGGAGUUUGUGGCUCGAGUGAGAGCGAGUUCCAGAGUAUCGGGUGGUUUUCCUGAAGACAACUCAAAAGAAAAGAAUCUUGUAUCUUGGGAAAGCCAAACACAGCCUCAGGUGCAGGUCCAAGAUGAGGAAAUCACAGAGGAUGACCUCCGCCUUAUUCACGAGCGAGAAUCUUCAAUCAGGCAGCUGGAAGCUGAUAUUAUGGACAUCAAUGAAAUAUUUAAAGACCUGGGAAUGAUGAUUCAUGAACAAGGAGAUGUGAUUGACAGCAUAGAAGCCAAUGUAGAAAGCGCAGAGGUUCAUGUUCAGCAGGCAAACCAGCAGCUGUCAAGAGCAGCAGAUUAUCAGCGCAAAUCCAGAAAAACCCUUUGCAUCAUCAUUUUUAUCCUCGUUGUCGGCAUUGUGAUCAUCUGUCUCAUCGUAUGGGGACUGAAAGGCUAAGUCGUGAAGGAGCAGGCGGCUGCAUGGCGCAUUCUCAUGAGCAGUUACUGUUACCAUUAUUUUAAGGCUGUUUGUGUAAAGGACGGUCCCAUAUUUUUGUCGUUUUUAUUGGGGGGAGGAGGUUCUUUUGGAUUCAAUCUAAUAUUUUCUAAUACCGAAGGCUUUACUAAAUAUCGUUGCAGGCAAAACUCCCACGUUUUUGCAGUUCAAUGACCAAUGGUUUUUCCUCAUAUUGUAUAUGCCUCUUGUUUGUAAUUUAUUUAUAUGGUUUGGCUGAGUUUGGGGAAUUAUUUGACUGGUGUGUGUCCUCUGCCUGCACCUAUGUCAUGGUGAGCAUGUGGUACAUGAUUGUGCUAUCUUAUUUUU